GGCAGAGGGGUUUACGCGAAUUCGGAGGAGAAAAGAUGUGUGGAAUAGCGCUGAUUGUGUCUGGAAUUAGGGUUGAUUCAUCGCAGUUGGUUACGAACUGUUCCUGCCCGUCUCUGCAACUUUUACAAACGUGUUCGUAUUCAGCGGAAGACAUCGAAUCAGCUCUUCGAAGAAGAGGUCCUGACAGCGUGGGAGCUACAAGCAUUGGACUAACCUGCGGUGAACACGACGAUUGUUCUCUGCAAUCAUUUGUUCAGAUCGAAGAGGCUGUAGGGAAUGGCUGCGGGAAUGAAUUGUGUGGAGAAUUGAGGUUUUUCGGCGCAACAUUGCAGCUUAGAGGAGUGAGACCUGUUGUGCAGCCAUUGAUUGAUGCACUUGGCAAUGUCCUUGUGUAUAAUGGUGAAAUAUUCGGUGGGAUUGAUUUGAGCAGUGACAGCAAUGAUACUGAGGUUCUUAUGCAGUGUCUAGGGCAGUGCUGCUCUUGUGUUUCCCAUAUAGAAGAAUGUAGAAGUUCUUGCUGUUCUGAAGGAAGCCAAAAGUCUGUUCUGGAACUUCUUUCAGGUGUUCGGGGGCCAUGGGCUUUAAUAUAUUGGCAGGGUAGUUCGAAAACACUGUGGUUUGGUCGUGAUGCGCUUGGUAGACGGAGUCUUCUUGUUCACUGGCCAACUGAUCAUGAUCCUCGGCUAUUAUUAUCUUCAGUGUCACCAAGUUCUAUUCAGCAGCAUUACGAAACUGAUGAUGAAAAAGGUAAAAAUGGACACGAUUUCUGGGAAGAACUGCCAUGUGGCGUAUACAGUUUAUCUAUGUCCACUUUGAAAGUAGAUGAACGAAUAGUUGGCAUCGUCAAGAAGCAUGAGUGGACAGAUUCCAAACUGGUAGAAUUAAUGGCAUGGAAUAGAACUUCUAUUGAACCAGCCACGACAGAGUCUGUGCAACGUACACCAUUAGCAGCUGCUCAUAGAGUGUUGAUGGCUUUGAGAGAAUCUAUAAUGCGGCGCACUGUGUCAUAUAGAAUUUACCAGGAAUUACGAACAAGUCAUGGACAGCAGCGAUAUGGGCCUGUAGCUGUGCUAUUUUCCGGUGGUUUAGAUUCAAUGAUUAUUGCUGCAUUACUGCAUGGAUGCAUUGGUUCUAAAUAUGAAAUCGAUUUGCUUAACAUCAGUUUUGAUGGAGAGUCAGCGCCUGAUAGAAUCACUGCGAGGGAUGGACUGAAGGAGCUUACAAAAAUUGCCCCAUCGAGGAGAUGGAACCUUGUAGAAAUCGACGCAGAUUUACCGAAGUUGAAGUCUGAGAUGAAGCAUGUCAUGUCCCUAAUAAAUCCCUCCAAGACAUACAUGGAUCUGAAUAUAGGCACAGCCUUAUGGCUAGCUGCUGGAGGUGAUGGCUGGCUCUAUGAAGAAGCAAGAAUUUUCGACGGUGCACAAAACCGUAUCAAGUACAAAUCCGAGGCCCGGAUUCUUCUAGUAGGUUCUGGCGCCGAUGAACAAUGUGCUGGAUAUGGUCGGCACAAGACUAAAUUUAGAAAUAAAAGUUGGAUUGGGCUCCACGAAGAAAUGAAACUAGACAUGCAAAGAAUUUGGAAGAGGAACUUGGGGAGAGACGAUCGAUGCAUAGCCGACAAUGGCAAAGAGGCGAGGUUUCCUUUCUUGGACGAAGAUGUCAUAAGGACGCUACUCGAUAUCCCUUUAUGGGAGAUUGCAAACCUUGAUCAACCGAGUGGAGUUGGUGACAAGAAAAUUCUGCGCGAGGUUGCGCGGUUGCUCGGUCUGAAUGAAGCAGCAGCUUUGCCCAAAAGAGCAAUUCAGUUCGGAUCUAGAAUCGCGAGGGAAUCAAACAGGAAAAACUUUGGGAGCAACCGAGCUGCAAACCAAGCCUCUGCAGGAAGCGUGGUAAUUUACUGACCAUCCGAUUACCGUUUCUUAUCUUUUGAUCUAAUCUAAUUUAUACAUGUUCAUGAAACACUAGGCAGUCUUUUAGAUAUUUGCUAUUUUUGCGAGCCCUUUCAAAAAUUUUCGGCUGCUGAGAUUCAGAUGCUUUGAGAUUACUACAUUAUACAUGUCGUCUAUAUAUUGAUGUGUAGAUAAAACCUUAAUAACCAAAUGUCGAAUCCGAAAUUGCUA